GGCACUUCAGGAAUCUCGAUUAAUAGGUAUUCAGCGAAUUUCAACAUAUUUGAGGGUGAACUUUUGAAAUUAUCUGGUCAAUAUGGACUCGUCGCGGGGCCCACCGCGGGUCAAAAAUAAGGCCCCAGCGCCGCAGCAGAUUUCAGCAGAGCAGCUCCUUCGUGAAGCUGUUGACCGCCAGGAACCAGGUCUUCAAGCACCUACGCAGCGGUUUGCUGACCUUGAAGAACUCCAUGAAUAUCAACACAGGAAAAGGAGGGAAUUUGAAGAUUAUGUGAGAAGAAACAGGAUUAACAUGAACAACUGGAUGCGCUAUGCUCAAUGGGAACUGGAACAAAAGGAGUUUUUCAGGGCCCGGUCGAUAUUUGAGAGAGCAUUGGACGUUGAUUCCACGUCCGUUGUUUUAUGGAUUCGAUAUAUUGAAGCGGAAAUGAAGUCACGAAACAUUAACCAUGCAAGAAACCUUCUCGACCGCGCGGUGACUAUUCUACCUCGAGUGGAUAAACUAUGGUACAAAUACGUAUAUAUGGAAGAAAUGUUGGGUAACAUUGCGGGUGCUCGGCAAGUUUUUGAACGAUGGAUGUCGUGGGAACCUGAUGAAGGCGCAUGGAGCGCAUACAUCAAACUCGAAAAGCGAUACAAUGAAUUUGACCGAGCUCGAGCCAUCUUUGAACGAUUCACAGCCGUGCACCCCGAGCCUAAAAAUUGGAUCAAGUGGGCCCGUUUUGAAGAAGAAAAUGGAACCUGUGGCCUAGUGAGAGAAGUAUUUGGGCUGGCUAUUGAGACGCUGGGUGAUGACUUCAUGGACGAGAGACUCUUUAUCGCCUAUGCUCGGUAUGAAACGAAAUUGAAGGAGCAUGAGCGCGCGAGAGCCAUAUAUAAGUAUGCUCUUGAUAGGCUUCCACGUUCAAAAUCCGCUGUUUUACACAAGGCAUACACCACCUUUGAAAAACAAUAUGGUGACCAGGAAGGUGUUGAGGACGUGAUUCUUUCGAAAAGAAGAGUUCAGUAUGAGGAGCAAGUCAAGGAAAAUCCCAAAAACUAUGAUGCCUGGUUUGAUUACAUUCGACUCGAAGAAGCUUCUGGAAAUGUUGAACGAGUUAGAGAUGUUUAUGAGCGAGCUAUAGCUCAAAUUCCACCAUCCCAGGAGAAACGUCACUGGCGUCGGUAUAUCUAUUUGUGGAUAUUCUACGCUCUCUGGGAAGAAAUGGAAAAUCACGAUUUUGGAAGGGCCCGUCAAAUAUAUCAGGAAUGCUUGAAAUUAAUUCCUCAUAAAAAGUUUACUUUUGCCAAAGUUUGGCUAUUGAAGGCUCAAUUUGAGAUCAGGCAAAUGGACCUUCGGGCUGCGAGGAGAACACUCGGGCAUGCCCUAGGGGCUUGUCCAAAAGAUAAGCUAUUCAGGGGCUAUAUCGAUUUAGAGCGACAGCUCUUUGAAUUUGUACGAUGCCGGACACUUUUUGAAAAGCAGAUCGAGUGGAAUCCCUCUCAAACACAGGCAUGGAUCAAGUUCGCGGAAUUAGAACGGGGAUUAGACGACCUUGAACGCGCACGCGCGAUAUACGAGCUCGGGAUAAGCCAGCCGUCAUUGGAUAUGCCAGAAUUAUUAUGGAAGGCAUAUAUAGAUUUCGAGGAAUAUGAAGGAGAAUAUGACCGCACUCGAAGUCUGUAUGAGCGGUUGCUUGAAAAGACUGACCACGUCAAAGUCUGGAUCAAUUACGCGCGGUUUGAAAUCAACAUUCCUGAAAACGAAGAUGAUGAAGAUGAAGAGAAGCCCGUCAGUGAAGAAGCCAAAUCCCGGGCUAGGAAGAUAUUCGAACGGGCACAUAAGGUUAUGAAGGAAAAAGAUCUAAAAGAAGAUAGAGUGGCAUUGCUAAAUGCAUGGAAAUCCUUCGAGCAAACCCACGGUACACCAACAGAUAUCACAAAUAUUGAGAAGCAAAUGCCGCGCAAAGUCAAGAAGCGACGCAAACUAGAAGAGGAUCGUUACGAGGAAUACAUGGACUACGUUUUCCCUGCCGACGAUGAGUCCACAGCAAAUCUGUCCAAACUCUUGCAAAAAGCGUACCAAUGGAAGCAGGAGCAAGGAAACAUCUCAUAG